GGUCGCUUUACGGCAGAUCGUGGAGGUCAGAGAAGCAUGAUGAAGAGGCGAACCAAACAAUCUUUUACAAAAAGCUGAUAAUUUCAAUAUCUAACUACCUACAGUAAGACAGUGUACAACACUAUUGAAACGUAAACCUAUUACUGCGUUUUAGAUACUAGGAAAUAUCGCUAUAGCUUUUCCCACGAGAACUGUCAAGGUCCUCUUCACGUUUGGUCAGCUAGGCUAACGUUAGCUAGCUAACCCAACCAGCAUCUCCAGUUCGAAGCGUUCGCCGGGUGAGUCUCCAGAUCGUCCCCCAAACAUGGACAAUAACGCCUCUGGGUCGGGAGGGAAAGGCGGCUUCGGGAGUCUCUUUGGAGGCAGCGACUACUCCAACACAGAGCUCGCUGGUGUCCCAUGUAAGUGCCCCUGCCAAUUGAUGUUGCUACCUUGGUGGCUAGCAUACUAACUCACGUUAACCAGACAAGGCCAACACUGGCUGUCGUUGACAUUAGCUGAGGUUGCUGGGGUUUACUUUAAAUGUGAUUUUAAAAAAUUAUGUAUGCACUAACUGUAAGUCGCUCUGGAUAAGAGCGUCUGCUAAGUAUCUAAAAUUUAAAUGUAACUGUUCCAUUGUCCUAUUUUCUACAUAGUGACUGGAAUGAGCCCCCUGUCGCCUUAUCUCAAUGUCGACCCCCCGCUACCUCGUACAGGUAAGAGAUGCUAGUUAGUAGAAGUUGACCUCACUCAAUGAAUGGAUAUGUAGUAUUGAUUUGUGACAUAUCCACUAUCAAGUCGACUAUGAUCACAUGUUAACCUGUUUGUGUGUUUUCCAGGACACAGAUGAGUUCAUCCUGCCUACAGGGGCCAGUAAAACCAGAGGGAGGUUUGAGCUGGCCUUCUUCACAAUCGGGGGUUGCUGCAUCACAGGUUAGACACUUAUACCCUCCCUCAGUUUCUCUGCCUCACCCUCUCAUCUCUUCUCUCUAUCCACGUAACUCCCCAGCUCCCAGAUUAAGUUAUGAUGCCUGCUGGUUCUGCUUGUAUCUGAGUCUCUCCCUCUCUCGCCCCCUCCAACUCUAGGAGCUGCGUUUGGGACAGUGAACGGUCUGAGGAUGGGGUUGAAGGAGACCAGAGAAAUGGGCUGGACUAAACCUCGCAACGUCCAGUAAGCACCACUGUGUUCCUCCAGUAGUCUGUGGCUUUAGUGUUACCACGUUGGAGACAGGUUUUAUUCAUGCUAAUAUAAAUGUUACCCCAUGAGGUCCAGAGCCUGCUUGUUUUCUUUUCUACCUGAUAAUUAAUUUCACCCACCUGGUGUCCCAGGUCCAAAUCAUUUCCUGAUUAGAGAGGACCAAUGUAAAAACACAGUGGAACUGGCUUCAAGGUCCAGAGUUGCGUUUGAGGGUUCUAUGGUAUGGUGCUCUAUAUACUGCUGUCUGAUUGGCUCACUUAUCUGACCUUGCCCUCCUCAGGAUUCUCAACAUGGUGACCAGACAAGGUGCAUCCUGGGCCAACACACUGGGCUCUGUUGGUGAGCACUCACAUCUAUCCCCUCUUUUCCUCCUCCUAAUCUCUUCUUCUUCUUCACCUUGGCUAACCCAUGGACCAGGUGUUUGGGUGUUCUGUCCCUAGUAUGUCUAUAUUAACCAAGGGGUGUAUGUGUGUUUACAGCGUUGUUGUACAGUAUAUUUGGCGUGGCCAUAGAGAAGGCUAGAGGAGCAGAGGAUGACAUCAACACUAUGGCUGCUGGGACUCUCACGGGCAUGCUGUUCAAAUCCACAGGUAGGUGUGUGUUGCCUGUCUGUGGCCAGUCUAUGGUUGUCUCGUGUGGGACGAGAGUGCAACAUAUGCAGUACCAGUCAAAAGUUUGGACACCUACUCAUUCGAGGAUUUUCUUUAUUUGUACUAUUUUCUACAUUGUGGAAUAAUAGUGAAGACAUCAAAACUAUGAAAUAACGCAUAUGGAAUCAUAUAGUAACCAAAAAAGUGUUAAACAAAUCAAAAUAUAUGUUAUAUUUGAGAUUCUUCAAAGUAGCCACCCUUUGCCUUGAUGACAGCUUUGCACACCCUUGGCAUUCUCUCAACCAGCUUCGUGAGGUAGUCACCUGGAAUGCAUUUCAAUUAACAGGUGUGCCUUGUUAACCCGAAUAUGUCAACCUCUGCUAAGCUUCCCAGUAAAGCAAGAAAAAUAAUCAAGCAUUCCAGAAAAGUGUUAAAUAUCCCAAGUUAACAUAUGUAGCUUAAGAAACAAGGUUCAUGAAAUCAAUAAUUUGCUAGUAACAGAUUACAUUCAUAUUCUGACAAUCUCUGAAACUCACUUAGAUAAUACCUUUGAUGAAACAGUGGUAGCAAUACAAGGUUAUAACAUUUACAGAAAAGACAGAAAUGCCAACUGGGGCGGUAUUGCGGUCUAUAUUCAGAACCACAUCCCUGUAAAGCUUAGAGAGGAUCUCAUGUUAAAUACUGUUAAAGUAAUAUGGCUACAGGUUCACCUGCCUCACCCAAAGCCCUUUCUGGUGGGAAGCUGCUAUAGACCACCAAGUGCUAACAGUCCGUAUCUGGAUAACGUGUGAAAUGCUUGAUAAUAUAUGUGAUAUCAAUAUAGAGGUAUACUUUCUGGGUGAUUUAAAUAUUGACUGGCUUUCAUCAGGCUGCCCACUCAAGAGAAAGCUUCAAACUGUAACCAGUGCCUGCAACCUGGUUCAGGUUAUCAGUCAACCUACCAGGGUAGUUACAAACAGUACAGGAAUGAAAUCAUCAACAUGUAUUGAUCAUAUAUUUACUAAUGCUGCAGAGAUUAGUUUGAAAGCAGUAUCCAAAUCCAUCAGAUGUAGUGAUCACAAUAUAGUAGCCAUAUCUAGGAAAACCAAAGUUCAAAAGGCUGGGCCUAAUAUUGUGUAUAAGAGAUCAUACAAUACGUUUUGUGGUGUUUCCUAUGUUGUUGAUGUGAAGAAUAUUUGUUGGUCCAUCGUGUGUAAUGACGAGCAACCAGAAGCAGCACUUGACACAUUUAUGAAAUUGCUUUUCCCAGUUACUAAUAAGCAUUCACCCAUUUAAGAAAAUGACUGUAAAAACUGUUAAAUCUCUGUGGAUUGAUGAGGAAUUGUAUGGUUGAGAGGGAAGAGGUAAAAGAGAUGGCAAAUUUGUCUGGCUGUACAACUGAUUGGCAAACGUACUGCAAAUUGAGAAAUCAUGUGACUAAACUGAAUAAAAAGAAGAAAUUACUCUAUGAAACAAAGAUAAAUGACAUAAAAAAUGAUAGUAAAAAGCUUUGGAGCACCUUAAAUGAAAUGUUGGGCAAAAAGGCAAACUCCGCUCCGUCAUUCAUUGAAUUAGAUGGCUCAUUCAUCACAAAACCCACUGAUAUUGCCAACUACUUUAAUGAUUUUUUCAUUGGCAAGAUUAGAAAACUUAGGCAUGACAUGCCAGCAACAAACGCUGACCAAAUUAUGAAAGACAAGCAUUGUAAUUUUGAAUUACGUAAAGUAAGUGUGGAAGAGGUGAAAAAAUUAUUAUUGUCGAUCAACAAUGACAAGCCACCGGGGUCUGACAACUUGGAUGGAAAAUUACUGAGGAUAAUAGCGGACGAUAUGGCCACUCCUAUUUGCCAUAUUUUCUAUUUAAGCCUACUAGAUAGUGUGUGCCCUCAGGCCUGGAGGGAAGCAAAAGUUAGUCCCCUACCUAAGAAUAGUAAAGCCCCCUUAACUGGCUCAAAUAGCCAACCAAUCAGCCUGUUACCAACCCUUAGUAAACUUUUGGAAAAAAUUGUGUUUGACAAGAUAAAAUGCUAAUUUACAGUAAACAAAUUGACAGCAGACUUUCAGAACGCUUAUAGGGAAGGACAUUCAACAAGCACAGCACUUACACAAAUGACUGAUGAUUGGCUGAGAGAAAUGUAUGAUAAAAAGAUUGGGGGGCUGUUUUGUUAGACUUCAGUGCGGCUUUUGACAUUAUUGAUCAUAGUCUGUUGCUGGAAAAACGUAUGUGUUAUGGUUUUACACCCCCUACUAUAUUGUGGAUAAAGAGUUACCUGUCUAACAGAACACAGAUAGUGUUCUUUAAUGGAAGCCUCCAACAAAAUCCAGGUAGAAUCAGGAAUUCCCCAGGGCAGCUGUCUAGGCCCCUUACUUUUUUCAAUCUUUACUAACGACAUGCGACUUUGAGUAAAGCCAGUGUGUCAAUGUAUGCGGAUGACUCAACGCUAUACACGGCAUCUACCACAGUGACUGAAAUGACAGUAACACUUAACAAAGAGCUGCAGUUAGUUUCAGAAUGGGUGGCAAGGAUUAAGUUAGUCCUAAAUAUUUCCUAAACUAAAAGCAUUGUAUUUGGGACAAGUAAUUCACUAAACCCUAAACCUCAACUAAAUCUUGUAAUGAAUAAUGUGGAAAUUGAGCAAGUUGAGGACUAAAUUGCUUGGAGUAACCCUGGAUUGUAAACUGUCAUCGUCAAAACCUAUUGAUACAACAGUAGCUAGGAUGGGGAGAAGUCUGUCUAUAAUAAAGCGCUGCUCUGCAUUCUUAACAGCACUAUCAACAAGGCAGGUCCUACAGGCCCUGGUUUUGUCGCACCUGGACUACUGUUCAGUCAUGUGGUCAGGUGCCACAAAGAGGGACUUAGGAAAAUUGCAAUUGGCUCAGAACAGGGCAGUACGGCUGGCCCUUGGAUGUGCACAGAGAGGUAACAUUAAUCAUAUGCAUGUUAAUCUCCUGACUCAAAGUGGAGGAGAGAUUGUGACUUCAUCACUACUAGUAUUUGUGAGAGAUAUUGACAUGUUGAAUGCACCGAGCUGUCUGUUUGAACUACUGACACACAGCUCGGACACCCAUGCAUACCCCACAAGACAUGCCACCAGAGGUCUCUUCACAAUCCCCAAGUCAAGAACAGACUAUGGGAGGCACACAUUACUACAUGGAGCCAUGACUACAUGGAACUCUAUUCCACAUCAAGUAACUCAUGCCAACAGGAAAAUUAGAUUAACCUAAAAAAAACAGAUUAAAAUACACCUUAAGGAACAGCGGGGACUGUGAAGCAACACAUAGAUAGACACAUGCAUACAAAUACACGAUUAUAUACACAUGUACACAUGGAUUUUGUGUUAUAGAUAUGUGGUAGUAGAGUAUAGGCCUGAGGCCACACACUUAAUAUGUAGUGAAAUAUUUUAUGAAUGUUUUUAAAAUGUAUAACUGCCUUAAUUUUGUUGGACCCCAGGAAGAGUAGCUGCUAGGCAGCAGCUAAUGGGGAUCCAUAAUAAAUACAAAUACAAAGUUAAUUUGUGGAAUUUCUUUCCUUCUUAAUGCGUUUGAGCCAAUCAGUUGUGUUGUGACAAGGUAGGGGUGGUAUUCAGAAGAUAGCCCUAUUUGGUAAAAGACCAAGUCCAUAUUAUGUCAAGAACAGCUCAAAUAAGCAAAGAGAAACGACAGUCCAAACGACAGUCCAUCAUUUCUUUAAGGUCAGUCAAUCUGGAAAAUGUCAAGAACUUUGAAAGUUUCUUCAAGUGCAGUCACAAAAACUAUCAAGCACUAUGAUGAAACUUGCUGUCAUGAGGACCACCACAGGAAUGGAAGACCCAGAGUUACCUCUGCUGCAGAGGAUACAUUCAUUAGAGUUAACUGCACCUCAGAUUGCAGCCCAAAUAAAUGCUUCACAGAGUUCAAGUAACAGACACAUCUCAACAUCAACUGUUCAGAGGAGACUGAAUUGCUACAAAGAAACCACUACUGAAGGACACUAAUAAGAAGAAGAUACUUGCUUUUGGCAAAGAAACAUGAGCAAUGGACAUUAGACCGGUGGAAAUCAGUCCUUUGAUCUGAUGAGUCCAAAUUUGAGAUUUUUGGUUCCAACCGCUGUGUCUUUGUGAGACACAGAGUAGGUGAACGGAUGAUCUCCGCAUGUGUAGUUCCCACCGUGAAGCAUGGAGGUGUGAUGGUGUGGGGGUGCUUUGCUGGUGACACUGUCAGUGAUUUAUUUAGAAUUCAAGGCACACUUAACCAGCUUGGCUACCACAGUAUUCUGCAGCGAUACGCCAUCCCAUCUGGUUUGCGCUUAGUGGGACUAUCAUUUGUUUUUCAACAGGACAAUGACCCAAAACACACCUCCAGGUUGUGUAAGGGCUAUUUGACCAAGAAGGAGAGUGAUGGAGUGCUGCAUCAGAUGACCUGGCCUCCACAAUCAGCCGACCUCAACCCAAUUGAGAUGGUUUGGAAUGAGUCAGACGGCAGAGUGAAGGAAAAGCAGCCAACAAGUGCUCAGCAUUUGUGGGAACUCCUUCAAGACUGUUGGAAAAGCAUUCUAGGUGAAGCUGGUUGAUAAAUGCCAAGAGUGUGCAAAGCUGUCAUCAAGGCGAAGGGUGGCUAUUUGAAGAAUAUAAAAUCUCAAAUAUAUUUAGAUUUGUUUAACACUUUUUUGGUUACUACAUGAUUCCAUGUGUGUUAUUUCAUAGUUUUGAUGUCUUCACUAUUAUUCUAUAAUGUAGAAAAUAGUAAAAAUAAAGAAAAACCCUUGAAUGAGUAGGUGUCCAAACUUUUGACUGGUACUGUACAUGCUGUGUUGUUAGUGCCCUAGAAACCCCAUCCGUCUCAUUCAAAACUUGUGUCUGUGUGUGUUUCAGGAGGGUUGAAGGGAGUGGCGCGUGGUGGUCUGGUGGGGUUGGCCAUGUCUGGUGCCUACGCUCUCUACGGUAAUUGGAACCAUAUCAGAGGUGGUUCUUCUUCUUCAAGUCUCUACUGA